AAUAUGUAAUAGUAAUAAACAAGAGCCCUUCAAUAUUAUUACAAAUAAUUGUCUUCAUAAUCUAACGCUAUUAUUAUAUUCUCAUCAUUAAUCUCCGUGCUCCACGAGCAGUAACAACAAUAAUUAACAAAACAGAACCGAAUGUUUUGGAAUGUAACAGAUCUGGUCUGAUCCAUCACAUCACACAAUCACCACAACCUCUGCGAAUUUACCGAUAUGGCAACCUCUGUAAUCAACCGACUUCGUUCUUCCUCAACCACAAAAUCACUGUCUUCCGUUCUUCAUGGAAUCAGGUCUUACGCAAAGGUUGCAACUGGAACUGAUAUACUCUCUGCUGCAUCCAAUGUUUCUCUACAGAAAGCUCGCACUUGGGAUGAAGGUGUUGAAUCCAAAUUCUCCACUACCCCUGUCAACGACAUCUUCAAGGAUAAAAAAGUUGUGAUCUUUGGUCUCCCAGGUGCAUAUACAGGAGUUUGUUCAAGCAAACAUGUUCCUCCUUAUAAGCAUAAUAUUGACAAGUUUAAAGCUAAAGGGGUUGAUUCUGUUAUUUGUGUGGCUAUUAAUGAUCCAUAUACUGUGAAUGCUUGGGCUGAGAAGAUUCAAGCCAAAGAUGCUAUUGAGUUCUAUGGGGACUUUGAUGGGAGCUUUCACAAAAGCUUGGAAUUAACUACUGAUCUCUCUGCUGGUUUGCUUGGAAUUCGAUCGGAAAGAUGGUCAGCAUAUGUGGUAGAUGGAAAAGUGAAGGCUCUUAAUGUUGAAGAAUCUCCAUCUGAUGUCAAAGUUUCUGGAGCAGAGACCAUUUUGGGACAAAUUUGAACUUUCUGUUGAUUUAUAGGAAUCUAACAAGUCUUCAAUAAACUUGUCUUCAUCAAUGACAAGUGUUUAAUAAAACAAAAACAUAUAUGGAACUAGAAAAAGCAGCAGAAAAUUACCUUCAAGGUGGAUACCAAGUUUGCUCUAAUACCAUUUCAGAUAUCUUUUCUUUCCAAUUGAGAUUAUGCUCUUGAAGUUACUGUAUCUGUUAUUGCAAAUGCAUCUUAUUGAAGUGUUUUGAACUUCAUCUGUUUUGCACUAUUCACACUUUGAGUAUUAUUUUAGAAGCAACCAAUGGAACUGAAAUGAAUUGCUUAUUUUCACUAA